AUGGCAUCGCCUGUACACUACCGAGUACUGCAAGGUGGCAAGAAAGUGCUAUGGGAUUUAGUGACUGACUCCUUGCGAGACUUGAUACCAGAGGCUCAAGCUGUGUACUGCUCUGGUCUUGUCAAGUCCGCCAAAGCACGCACCAAGAAGAACAUCGCGGAAAUGGUCGAAGAGUACAGACUCGGUCGCCUGCGAUCCCAAGAGCCGCCGCCCAAGACCACAAAGUCCACAUCGGAUGAACUCUCCCGCAUCCUACGCUUUCACUACACAGUCAUACUACUUCUUGUCCCGCGCUUCACCGCUUGGAUGCAGGCGAACCUUCCCGGAGAGGCAAAGCUCGGACUCAUACAACUAGGAUCACCAAUGCAACCCAAGAUAAGCUCUACUGAGGAGAGUCGGAUUAUUCGCGCGCUCUAUCGGUUCCAGCUUUGCUGUUAUCUAUUCGGAAACCCACGUGGUGAUUCUCCCUGGAGUAAGAAAUCGUAUCAUCUUGGGUACGUGGACAUCCUGCAGCACCUCGAGGCCAUGUUCUACGCUUGGGAGAUUGAGGAGAUUCUUUGCGUUCACACUUUCGUGGAGGAUUUAUACCCCGACAUCUUUGACGUGGUCCGAGUGGGCCUUGACCCGUUCGAGUAUGAAUCGGAACUGAUGACAUGUUGCUACCUCGAAGGCUCCACCGCACAGGGGCUCUGGCUGCUGCAGAGGGCCCUGUGCCAGAUGGAAGACACGGAACAUCCUGCGCAGCUGGUCGAGAUAAUGCGAGAAAGGCUGACGCCGGAAUCGGGCUUCAUCGGGCCACACGAAGUGACAUCGGAAAAUUGGUUCUGGAAUCGCCUGAACGAGCACGGCCUCGCCGAAAAGGACUUGAGAUCGCAAGCUCGCGAGGCUUUCCCGUUUCGGGGCGAUCAUGUCCCAGACCCCAGGGAAGAGUUCCCUCCACGGGCUUGGACUCUAAUUUGGCACGACACUUACAGUAACCUGUAUGGAGAUUGGAUUCCGCCAGAACUGCGGAGCUGGGGAUAUGUCUUCUGGGAUGCGGAGCGGAUGGAGACAGAAGCAAAAGAGGUAUUGCUGUGGCGGUGGGACAGAUCAUACUGGGAUGAGGACUUGGAUCCGAGGCUCGAUUAUGACCUUGUCGAAACCAAUGCCGGCUGGUCAUGA